UCGCCGUGCGGCCCUCCCGACGCGUGCGCAGAGCCUCCGGCCGGAGAGCGGCUCCGAGCGGCAUGGGGAAGGUGGGGCUGCAGCUGCGGGCCACGCUGGAGGGGGUGACCGGCCUGAGGCCCGUGGGCGACGACUUCCGCUGGUACCUGAAGAUGAAGUGCGGGAGCUGUGGGGAGAUUUCGGAGAAGUGGCAGUACAUCCGCCUGAUGGACAGCGUCCCGCUGAAGGGGGGCCGCGGGAAAGCCUCGAUGGUACAGAAGUGCCGGCUCUGUUCCCGGGAGAACUCCAUCGAUAUUUUGAGCAACUCCAUCAGGCCCUACAACGCGGAAGACAGCGAGACGUUCAAGACGAUAGUUGAAUUUGAGUGUCGCGGGCUGGAGCCGGUGGACUUUCAACCCCAGGCCGGGUUCGCGGCUGAGGGGACGGAGUCCAAGACGCCGUUCGGCGACAUUAAUUUGCAAGAGAAGGACUGGAACGACUACGAUGAAACCCUGAAGGCGGCGGUGGGAAUCUACGAUGUCACCCACCAGUUUGUCAAGUGCUGAGCUCCCACGUCCGGGAGGGCAGCGGAGGAGCCGGCGGACGGGGGAUGAGGGGACGUGACCGUUGUCCCCAACCCGCGUGAGCUGGGGCUUGGGUCGUCACAGCCGGGGGGGCCCUCCCCAGCCCCCCGAAUAAAAGCCUCCUGUUGCACGCGGCC